CCGUGGUGUCUCGAUGAGAGAAGAGUAACGUGUUCGACGAACCGGAGUGCGAGAAAGAGACAGUGCGGUGCCGUGUAAACAUACAUCCCAUUGCCGUGAGUGCGUGCGCGAGUGGUAAUCAACGGCGGUUCAACGUCGUCGUCGACGAAGAGUUUUGUUUGUUGGCUGCAUCGGCUUUCUACGGACCAAGGGGCCAGGUGAUACGUGUGUACGCCCAGAAAGAAAGGAGCCUACGGGGCGGAAAGGAAUCGGCUGAGCAACGGUCUCGGGUGGCGUGUAUCAAUCAUCGCGGUGUACGGAUACACGCGUAUGAAACUUUAUCACAAAUGACAGUCCAUCGGACGGGAGGGCAAGUCAGGUGCUCGCUGGAUUCGUCUGUCUAGCGAGGAAACCGUUGACGCGAAAUGCAUCGGAGGGUGGGAUACAGCAACUACGAUGGCAAGAUCGCGGGCCUGUACGAUCUGGAGGAGACCCUAGGCCGCGGUCACUUCGCCGUCGUGAAGCUGGCGCGGCAUGUUUUCACCGGCGAGAAGGUCGCAGUGAAGGUCAUCGACAAAAGCAAGCUCGACGAGGUCUCGAGGGCGCACCUCUUCCAGGAGGUGAGAUGCAUGAAGCUGGUGCAACACCCGAACGUGGUCAGGCUUUACGAGGUGAUAGACACCCAGACGAAGCUUUACCUGAUCCUGGAGCUCGGCGAUGGCGGUGAUUUAUACGAUUACAUCAUGCGACACGACAGCGGGCUCAGCGAGGAGGUGGCCAGGACCUAUUUCCGGCAAAUAGUCAGAGCCAUAUCGUAUUGCCAUCGAUUACACGUGGUGCAUAGGGACCUGAAACCCGAGAACGUGGUGUUCUUCGAGAAACUGGGCACCGUGAAGCUCACCGACUUCGGGUUUAGCAAUAGAUUCUGCCCCGGCCAGAAGCUCGAGACUUCUUGCGGUUCCUUGGCGUAUUCCGCCCCGGAAAUAUUGCUCGGCGAUAGCUACGAUGCUCCAGCUGUCGAUGUCUGGUCCUUGGGGGUAAUUUUGUACAUGUUAGUAUGCGGCCAAGCUCCCUUCCAAGAGGCGAACGACAGCGAGACCCUCACGAUGAUUAUGGACUGCAAGUAUUCGAUACCGCCGCACGUUUCGGACGGUUGUAAACGACUAAUCGCGAAGAUGCUGGUCCGAAAGCCGGAGGGCAGAGCGACUCUCGAGGAGAUAGCCGUGGAUCCUUGGCUGGCGAUCGGGCCCGACUCGGAUCCCGUGGAGGCGUUACCUAUGGUGUCCAGACAGCAGGUCUCUGAUGACCAUCAUAAUCAUAUAAUCACCAAAAUGGUCAAUGGUAACAUUGCCACCAAAGAAGAAAUAUUAGACGCCCUUGACAAGAAUGAGUACAAUCACAUAACGGCAACGUAUUUCUUGCUAGCCGAAAGGAAACUGCGGGCCCAUCGUCAAGAGCAGGUGCAAAAGUCCCGUCCGGAGAUCCUCGACGUCACGGCAAACCGGCAAGACAACCCAUCGACGAAUCUAUUGCGGGUCGAGCAGAAUUCAUUGAGCACGGUGAACCAGUCGUUGCUGAGCGUGCCCCGGACGCCAGGCGAGGUGCCGCAGAACGUGCGCACCAGGAAGUGCAGCAUCGUCCAGGAGGAGGAGGACGAGGACGACGUGUCUUCGUGUUCGGGUCGCGACGAUCGGGGCAGCAACUCCGCGCUGAACUCCUUCAAUCGGCGCGGCUCGCGGUCCGAGGGCAAGCUAUCGCACAUACUUCAGGACCGGCUGGCGCAGCUUCCAGAGAAGCCGAGUCUCAAGCCGCAACGGAACGCGCAGAAGGACGUCAACGUCGUUCCCGUGAUCACUGACGCGGAGGAGAGGCUGAAGUCUAGUCCGAACAGCGGCGGGAUUGGCAAUGAAUUUCCGUCGUCUGUAAAUCAGAACACGCUGGGUAGGCCGCAACAACCGGGUAAUCCGCUCGAGAAAGUGGCCGCGUCAACGAAGCUCGAUUGUACGUAUCAGGAGAACCUGAAGAAUCGGCUGGCGGACACGCCAGGAUGGGCGAGGAAGCAGACCACCACGGAGAGCAGACCGAAGUCGGUGACGGAAUGUAUGAAAUCGGUGGGACCUGUGCCGGCGAACAAGUGGAGGAUGGGUGCGCAGCAUCGACCAGCUGGAUCGUCCUUGGAAUCCGCUUUGCCGGUGGGUAUACCGAGACCGUCCGACCCUAGCACGACCGACAUCACCACAAGUAUCUUAACCGAGGCCUCCACGGUGUCUAUUCCGCUUCAUCCGGUGGGUCUAGGCGAUAAUCAGUUACCAUUGACGCCUAAGUACAAGACCAUGCCGUCCCCAGGCAGCACGGGGCCAGUGUUAGGGACGGAGCUGACCUUGAACGAGAUCCUGGAGGACGUGGACACGGUUGUGGUGCCGACGCCGGAGAGUGGCAGUUCGAAAUGCCGAGUUGUUAGAAGGACAGGAUACGAUCAGAAAAGGAGCAAGUUCCAUAAGGCGCGAACCACUUCUUGCUCGAGCUCGGACGCCAGUGACGACGACAGCGAGAGCAGGAAAAAGAGAGCGCACAAGUUGGGCGCCUCCGCGAAACCUUUGCCCUCUAGACGCGACAGUCACGAUGACUCUAGCGAUUCGCAGGAUCCUGGAGGGAGCGGUGGCGGCGGCGGCGGGGGCGGAGGGGGUGUAGGUAACGGGGAGCACGUCACCGAAACACCUACGAACGAAACGAAUCAAAACGAUAAUGGGAACGGUACCAAUACGACGAGCACGACUACCACGACGACGACGGGUGGAAGGCAUCGGUGCGCGGAGAAUCAGGUUCUGUUCGGUAGAAGGCAUCGAGCGGGUAGGAGAAGAGCCGGGGAGACGCGGUUACGGGAGAGCCAGUCGUUGAAUCGGAUCACCGAGGUUCAGGAGGCCGAGGCACCCUCGUCCUGUCACAAUCAUUGUCACGUGUCGCGAAACUCGGCCGUGUUAGGUGUGCAGAGUAUAUCCUCGUCGUCUUCGUCGGUGUCCCAGAGCAGUACAGGGUCUCACAAUUUCGCUCAGCCGAUCUCACAGGCAGCCGCCACGAUGCAGAAAGCCAAGGGUUUCGGGGCGAGGCUUUUGCAAAGCUGGUCGCUGAGCACCGGCAAGUCCUCUUUGUCGCAGCAGUCGAACAAGCAGAACAAUUGUAGCCCGAACGGUGGUCGAUUCAAUAAACAGGAGCCGCAGAGGGGCUCCUGCCAGAGAAUCGAGAUGUGCUGCGAUGAGAGGAGGGAUCUGAACGGCGGUGGAUCGAUCAACCAGAUACCGUCCAACGACAAAGAGAACCGAAACGGUUCCGUGAACAGGAACGACUGCAAGAACCGGAAGAUACGGUUGCUGAGCCGUUACUUCGCCGUGCACAAGAAGCUCUGCGUACCCCUGCCCGGUCUGUUCGGUAAGGGACGAUUGUACAAGGCUCGAUCCUGCGGCAGCAUCGCUCGCGACCGCGUCAGCCCACCGUCCCCAAAGUCCAUGUUAUUCUGCACGACGACGGACGACAAGUGGCGGGAGCAUCGUCAAUGGUGCGACGUAACGCACCAGCAUCGCGGUGAGCGUCGUAGGAAAGAGCUGCACUGCCCUGCCCGCGGUCUGUCACAUUCACCUAGGCGAUGCCUCGAAGUGUUGCAGCCUCUGUUGAUGAAACGGCAUCGCGUCGCGGCAUGCAUAGCCGAUGCACAAAAAGUAAAACGACGAUAG